AUGGCUUUACCAAAACAACACAUUGAACAAAUAAGAAGAACUAAGUUCUCUAUUGGCGGAGAACAAAAUCCUCUCACCCAAGAUCUUCACCAUGCUGUCAAGAAUCUCUCCGCUGAGCUUUAUGCAAAAGAUGUUCAUUUUCUCAUGGAAUUGAUUCAAAAUGCUGAAGAUAACCAUUACAAGGAAGGAGUGAAACCAACAUUGGAGUUUGUCAUAACUUCAGAUGACAUUACAGCCACGGGUGCUCCAGCCACGUUGCUUAUUUUCAACAAUGAAAUUGGUUUUUCUCCGAAAAACAUUGAGUCCAUUUGCAGUGUUGGACGAUCAACUAAGAAAGGCGAUAGGAGCAGUGGUUACAUUGGAGAGAAAGGAAUCGGUUUCAAGAGUGUGUUUCUGGUUACUGCACUACCAUAUAUUUUUAGCAAUGAAUAUCAGAUAAGGUUCAAUGAAAAGCCAUGUCCACAUUGUAGUCUUGGUUAUAUAGUUCCUGAAUGGGUUGAGGAGAAGCCAACCCUUUCAGACAUAAAGAAGAUAUAUGGUAAAGAUUCUCUUCCAACUACAACUAUUGUCUUACCUCUGAAGCCGGAUAAGGUUGAUCCUGUUAAACAGCAGCUGUCCAAAGUUCAUCCCGAAGUUCUUUUGUUUCUGAAAAAAAUCAGACGCCUUUCUGUCAGAGAAGUUAACAAGAAUCCCACACAUAACACUAUAACUUCGGUAUCAAUUAAAACUGGGAUUGACUUUCUGACUAGAAAAAACAUGAAUGCCGAGUCCUACACACUCCAUCUCUCUGCAGGAGAAAAUGGUAAUAAUGAGAAGGAAUGCUCCUACUACAUGUGGACCCAAAAGUUUCCUGUCAAGUCAGAAAAUGUGGUUGAAAGGAGAGAAGAUUUGGAAGAAUGGGUUGUUACAUUAGCCUUUCCAAUUAAUGAGAGGCUUCGUACAAGCAAAAGCUCGCCAGGGGUAUAUGCAUUUCUCCCUACAGAGAUGGUCACCAAUUUUCCCUUUAUAAUUCAUGCUGAUUUUGUUCUGGCCUCGUCAAGGGAGACAAUUCUAUUGGAUAAUAAAUGGAACAAAGGGAUUCUUGAAUGUGUUCCAUCUGCCUUUAUGGACGCAUUCAAAACCCUUGUCAUAGGAUCGGAUAAAGCUCCAGUUUCUAGUCUGGCUCGUACAUUCAAGUUCCUGCCCAUUCAAACUUCUCCAUUUGAUAAGUUUAACUAUGUGAGGGACAAAAUUAAAGAAAAAUUGGUGGAAGAAAGUAUUGUGCCUAUAGAGACAUACACUGAGCAGAAGCACUUCUUUAAGCCUGGUGAAGUUAGCAGGCUGCGGCCUGAAUUCUGGGAUAUCUUGAAUAAAGCCAGGGACGAAGGAGUGCAUCUGCUUAACCUCUCUUCUCAUGAUGAGAGGAAGAUCUUGAGUUCUUCAUUUGACACAAGCGAGUAUGAUCAAGUACUCAACUUUUUAGGGGUGAAACCAGUUAAUGUUGAUUGGUAUGCAAAGUGCAUUCAGAGUUCUAAUCUUGUGGAUGGAGUAUCAGAAGAUCUAUAUCUUCAACUUUUACUAUUUGUUGCUAAAAAUUGGUCUUCAAAAUUUAAGGGCACACACAUGGAUAGUAUUCCUUUGAUUAAGUAUGUGUCCUUGAAUGGAACUUUAUCCUCUUUCAAUAUUCAUGAAUGCAGACAGUCCUAUGCAGUUGCCAAGCGAGUAGUAAUAACAGACUCAAGUCAAUUUAAUGCUUGCUCUUGGCUGAUCAAUUGGAACAAGGAGUUCUCAUCUGUAGCAAACCGUUUCUUUAUGCCAGAAAGCACACAAAAAGCUAUGUUAUGUUUGUCCCAGAAACAGACUUUGAUGGAAUGGCUUGUGAAUGAAGUAAAUGUUACCAAUUUGAGCGUUUACACUUUUGCAAAUGUCAUCUGCAGUUCUGUUAAAAAUAGCAGAAAACAUGCCAUUGCAUAUGCUCAUUUUUUGUAUCACUCAUUGUCAAAGGCGUAUUUGUCAAAGCGGGAGGUUGAUACUCUAUGUAAUUCUUUGCCACUAGUUGAUAAUUAUGGGGCUGUCACCGAUAAAGGAAAAGGGGUUCUUGUGCCAGCAAAUGUGAGCAAAUGGGCAGACUUGAUUGUUUCAAAUCCUUGGAGGAAUGAAAAUUAUGUUGAGCUUGGAAAAGAUUACCUGAAUUCAUCUACUUAUGCAGGCCAAUACACAGAUUCUGGGAAGCUUAUUAAUUUCCUCAAAACUCAUGUUGGAGCUUCUGACAUACCUCAUAUAUCUCCUCCUAAUGCUGAAUUUUCACCUGUUAAUACACCACUUACCAAAGAGAAUGCAUUUUUGAUGCUGGAAUGGAUUCGGAAACUGAAGUGCAAGGGAGUGCAACUACCAGAGAGGUUUUUGAACUGUAUAAAAAAUGGUAGCUGGCUUAAAGUUACCGUCAAUGGUUACAGGCCUCCUUCAAAGUCAUUUUUGAUUCGUUCACCAUUGGGGGUAAUUCUGCAAAAAGGUUCUGUUCUCGUUGAUAUUCCCCUGAUUGAUGAGAGCUUCUAUGGGAAUAAAAUAAAUUCAUAUGAAGAGGAGUUGAAAACGAUCGGAGUGAUGUCCAGUUGUGAAGAGGCAUGCAAUUUCAUCGGAAGAGAACUAAUGUCUCGCGCAAAUUCCUCCACGCUAACUAAGAAUCAUGUACUUUUGAUGCUUAACUUCAUCCGAUACCUGAGGAAUAGUCUUCUUCCUUUGGAUAAAUUUGUGAAAAGAAUCAAAGAUGGGCCAUGGCUAAAGACAUCUCAUGGUUUAAUGUCUCCUGUGGGAUCUGUAUUGAAGGAUUCCGAAUGGCAAGUAGCAGCACAAAUCAGUAGUCUCCCUUUUAUCGACCAAUCUUAUUAUGGUGAUGAGAUAUGUAGUUACAAAGAGGAGCUCAAGUUGCUUGGUGUGGUAAUUGGCUUGAGUGGUAACUAUGAAACUAUCAUCAAGCAUUUAAAAUCACCGUCAAAUUUGACAUCUUUGACAGCUGAGGCUCUUCUUUUGACUAUGCAUUGCAUGAGAAUUUUGAAUGACACUGGUAAACUCUCUACUUCUCUCAAGGGAACGACCUGCCUGAAAACCAACAUGGGUUUCAAAAAGCCUAGUGAAUGUUUCUUGUAUGACCCGGUAUGGGGCUGCAUUUUGGAUGUAUUUAGUGGCCUUCCUGUGAUUGAUCAUAAAUUCUAUGGAGAGAAGAGUUUUCCUUACACAGCUGAGCUGAGGAAAAUCGGCGUGGUGGUUGAUUUUGAAGAUGUUGUAAAAGAAAUUGCUUUGCUCUUCAAACAGAAGGCAUCAAAAACUUCAUUUAGCAAAGAAAAUGUCAUGUCAUUUCUUUCUUGUUGCAGGCAGCUAAAGGGAACUGGUUAUAAUUUUUCUUCUGAUUUCUCAACCGUUAUACAUAAUCAGAAGUGGUUGUAUACUAAGGUAGGUUGUUAUAUGUGCCCAAGAGAAUGCAUAUUAUAUGAUCCAGAGUGGAAAUCUAUAUCUUCGAUUACUUGUCUCCCUUUCAUUGAUGACAGUGACAAGUUUUAUGGUACUGCAAUACAUGAAUACAAGAAAGAGCUAAAGAACAUUGGUGUUGUAACUGAAUUUAAACAUGUAGUGAGGUUUGUGCCAAGGUGUCUGAAUUUUCCAUCUAAUCCAAUCAUCAUUGCUCCUGAAAGUGUGUUUUCUUUGCUGGAAUGCAUCCGAAGCCUAUUGAGUGAGCAUAAGCUUUCUAUUGAUGAUGAGUUUAAAAAGAGAUUGUCCAGAAACUGGCUGAAGACACAUGCUGGUUAUAGGCCUCCAGAGACGUGUUUGUUAUUUGAUUCCAAAUGGAGUUCUUUCUUUUAUCCUACUGAUGGGCCUUUUAUUGAUGCGAAUUUUUAUGGACCUAAUAUUGCAUCUUUCCAGAAAGAACUUAAUGCAGUAGGAGUCAUUGUUGACCUUGAGAAAGGGUGUGCCUUGCUUGCCAGUCAUCUUGUGUCUCUCUCAAACACUGACAAUAUAUUGAAGAUAUAUAGGUACUUGGCGGAAUACAACUGGAAACCAGAGAAGAAAGAUGACAAGAAAAUUUGGAUUUCAGAUGGAACUGAAGGUGGGAAGUGGGUCAAUUCUGAAGAAUGCAUCAUACAUGACCCGGAUAAGCUUUUUAAUUUAAAGUAUUAUGUUCUUGAAGAUAUCUACGAUAAGAAAAUUCUCCCCUUCUUAAUCUUUUCCAUGGAAGUCAGGACUAAGCCCUCACUUGAUGAUUAUGUUGAUCUUUGGAGUGAUUGGGAGAGAUUGUCAAAGGAAUUGUCGCAUGACAAGUGCUGUAAAUUCUGGAUGUUUGUCAUGAAACACUUGGGCAAAAACACUGGGAAGGAACUUUCUGAGAGGCUGAUCAAAUUACCUGUAACCACAGGCAGCAAAGAAAUAUUUCUGUUGGAUAAGGAAGAUGUAUUUAUUCCUGAUAAUCUUCAUCUGAAAAGGCUUUUUGAGCAGGAGAGAAUUUUUGUGUGGUAUCCUCAGCAGAAUUUUGGACCAUCCUCCAUUGCUAAGUUGAAUGACAUCUACCGAAAGAUAGGUGCUCGGAAUAUCUCUGAAUCGCUGUGCAAAGAAGAAUCGUCAUUUGUUAAUGAUGAUGGUGACGAAAUGGUGCAAGUUGAUCCUGGUAGCAUUUUCAACUUAAAAGGUUUGGUUAAGCUCAUUCUUGGUUUCCUUGCUUGUUCAAGCCUGAAAAUGGAACCUGAGAAGAGGCAUGAAGCUCUUCAAAGUCUUCUUGACCUAAGUUUCUUCAAGACAAUGGUGCCGGUCACAGUUAGCUAUAGUUUAUCACUGUCAUCAGGGGACAUUGUUACGAAGAAAGAUGACAAAAUGGUUCGCUGGGAUAGGCAAAGUUCCAAAAUUUUCAUCCCUAAGAUGGAUGAGCCUCAGGAAAAUGCACUGAAGUAUGCAACAUAUUUCUGUGAGACAAUUUCAGAAGGUGUUUUGCCUGAGAAUCACGAUUUCAUUCCUGCUCUAUCUGAGUUGAUCACACUGGGUUUUGUACUGAAAUUCAAGAAUGAAGAUAUUGAUUUUCUGAUGGAGUCCAAGAACUUGCAGAUUUUCAGUGAGGAUGAGAAGUUCCUCAGCUCUGCCUUCCCAUCUGACUAA